AUGUCGACUGCUCUCGUUCUUGCCGCUCUCGCUCUUGCUGUCGACGUUCUAUUGACAAUAAAACAUCUACCUCCCGGUUUCGUCUGCGUUGGGCCGCUGCUGCCUGGCUCUUCUCCCACCAACUAUCCUUCUUCAUAUGCUCCCUCAACCUCUGUAAUUCUUCGGUCAGCAGCUCAGGGUAAUGAGCUUAAACUAGUCACGUGCAUGAUGACUGAUAAUGUCUGCCGGGUGGGGCCUUUCCUAUCUGGGCUGCCGCCGCUUUAUGAGGGCGCUCAGGCUCAGGAUCAGUGCGUAGAUGUCAGCACGGGCUCAGACUCAGUGAGCAUGCUCUGGUUCGGUCACGUGCAUGAUGACUAA